CGGAGCGCUGGUUAGUUGAGUAUUGUGUCUCCCUCGAGGUGUAGUCUCGCGACAGCCGGCUAAACUUUAAUGCUCCGAUGAUCAUGGAUAUCAAUCAAAAAGAAGAUAAACUUAAUCCUCUGGCCACCGCCGGCGUUCUUUCAAGGCUCUUUUUGUGCUGGUUAGCCCCUUUGCUGAAACUCGGCCACAGGCGCAGGCUGGAGGAAACUGACAUGUACAGCAUUCUUCCAGAGGAUCAGUCGGAAAUACUGGGAGAGGAACUACACAGAUUUUGGGACCAUGAAGUUAGAAAGGCUACAAAGGAAAUUCGGAAGCCCAGACUCACCAGAGUUCUUACUAAGUGCUACGGGAGGUCCUACGCUUUGGCUGGCUUGUUUACAUUUUCGCUGGAGGCAAUUAAAGUCAUCCAGCCACUUCUUCUGGGGAACAUAAUCCUGUACUUUGAGAAUUACGACCCGAGCGACCAGAGGAGUCUGUACGUGGUGUACGGUUACGCCGCUGCAAUGUCGCUCUCCUCGUUCGGGCUGACCAUCCUCCAGCAUUUCUACUACUAUAACGUUCAAAGGAUAGGCAUGAAGAUGAGAGUGGCCAUGUGCCACAUGAUAUACAGGAAGGCUCUUGGUCUCAGCAGUGGAUCCAUGGGACAAACGACCACCGGACAAAUUGUGAACCUCCUUUCGAAUGACGUCAAUCGUUUCGACGAGAUUACACUCAAUCUGCACUACCUGUGGGUGGGACCUCUUCAAGGAAUGGUGAUCAUUGUCUUUCUUUGGUAUGAAAUCGGACCCUCGUGUCUGGCCGGUGUCGCCGUCAUCGCCCUGAUGAUGCCCGUGCAGACCUGGUUUGGAAAGCUCUUUGGCAUCUUCAGGAGCAAAACGGCGGUUCUUACCGACAACAGAAUCCGCAUCAUGAACGAAGUGGUGUCUGGCAUCAGGAUCAUCAAGAUGUACGCCUGGGAGAAACCCUUCUCAGCUCUGGUUACCGAGAUCAGAAGGAAAGAAAUCAGUCAGAUACUGAAGAGCUCCUACCUACGAGGACUCAACAUGGCCUCCUUCUUUGCCAGCAGCAAGAUCAUCGUCUUUGUUACCUUCACAGUCUACGUUCUCCUGGGAAACACCAUCACUGCCAGCACCGUGUUUGUCACCGUUUCCCUCUACGGUACUAUCAAACUCACGGUCACGCUGUUCUUCCCGCUGGCAGUCGAGAAGUUGUCAGAGACGUUGGUCAGCGUUGGCAGGAUCGAGGAUUUUCUCCUGCUGGAAGAGAUUGAGAGACAAAACUCCAGGCUGCCUGUGGAGGAAAAGAAGGGAAACGCCGUUGAGAUGGAGAAACUGACCUGCUACUGGAAUAAGAGUUGGGACGCUCCGUCGCUGCAGAGCAUCUCCGUCAAAGUGAAGUCGCAGCAGCUUCUGACUGUGAUCGGUCCGGUGGGGGCUGGAAAGUCAUCUCUGCUGAGCGCCAUCCUGGGAGAACUGCGUCACGACACGGGGACGCUGAAGGUCAAAGGUCAGCUGACGUACGCCGCCCAGCAGCCCUGGGUGUUCCCCGGAACCGUUCGCAGUAACAUCCUGUUUGGGAGAGAGCUGAACCCCCAGAAGUAUGAGAGAGUCCUCAUAGCCUGCGCUCUGAAGCGGGACCUGGAGCUCCUCCCACACGGAGACCUGACUCUGAUCGGGGACAGAGGAGCCACCCUCAGCGGGGGACAGAAAGCUCGUGUCAACCUGGCCAGGUGA